UCUUAUAUGAAAGUAGCUCAUCGUCCGAAUUUGCUCAAAAGUUUGUUCCUGUGUCCACUAAGUGCAAAUGUACGAGAAUGAAGCUGAUCAGGAUUUUCAUUGUGAAUGUGUUUCUCCUUCAGACUGUCAGCACCGAAUUUGAUCUCAAUGAAGUUGGUUGUGGUUACUUGUUGGACAAUUACUUGUUGGACAACUCCAGUAUUUCAUUUAGUGCUACAUCCGGGGACCCUGGCCGUCCUUUACUUUCUGGAGAACCAUGGAAGCCGACCACCAUUAACUUUAGGAACUCCUUGACGGUUGACUUAGGAGCAAACUACAGUGUUAGUCAGGUGGUGUGGUCAGGAGACCCUGCAACAGUAGAACAAACAAAUCAGAUGGCAAUUCAGUACAGUUACGAUGGAAUAACAUACGACUGUAGAAGGAAACGACUAGCACCUGCAUCCUGCAAUCCAUACUAUGGGAAUUACCCCCCACCUGCACCAAGUCAGGCAAUAAACGUGGUUAAUCUUGGAAGCGUCGUAACGGCACGUUACUUCAGAUUUGUUCCAAUUGAACCAGAUCCAGGAGUAAAGCCUGGUUCACACAAUUUAAGAAUUGACGUGAAUGGAUGUGUUAAAGGUAUUCCCGAUAUCGAUCUUGUGUUUCUGUUCAGUUCAACUUCUACCAUUUUAGCAGACGCAACUGCAGCUUUUACCUUCAUGAAAAACACAGCUAAAGAAUUUGUGACGCAAUAUGGUAAGACGUAUAUCAGGUACGGCCUGAUCGUCUUUGGUAUUACCGUCAACGAUGUCUUUAACUUCCAGACUACUGCCAGUAUGGAUAAAGCUACUUUGAAGACGUCAAUCGAUGGUUCCAACAACAUCGCUGGUUCAUCUGAUCUGAAAGCUGCGCUUGGAAAUGCAAAAGCAAUGUUACAAGGACCAGGUUCACGACCAAACGCAAGGAAGAUUGUUGUUGUAAUGAUGGACACGGGUUCAGCACAGUCUCAGAAUGAAUUGGAACUUGCUGCAAAAAACCUCAGAGAUAUCGAAGCACUUGUGAUCGGUAUUGGCAUUGGAAGACAGAUUCCAGUACAACAGCUUGAGUGGAUAACUCUAAAUAGGUAUUACGUCAUGCUGUUUCCAUGGACAGGAAGCUUUCGUCAUCUUUGCUUUGGUAUUGCUGUAAGAUGCUUUAAAGAAUUCGACAUCACAUUUGCUAUCGGUGCUGGUUCCACUAAUUCUGCAGCACUUUUUAAACUGAUGAAAGAUACCAUGGGAGCAAUCGUUCUAAAAUACGGGAUGAGAACCAUCCACUACAGCAUUGUUACAUAUGGACUUGGUUCAGCCUCAGCGUCCGUGGUACGUUCGUUCACCUCAACUGGAUCGCUUUCGUCUUCAGAUCUCAAAAAUGCAAUAGAUAGUCUCACUUAUCCAGGGGGUUCUGGGACCAUUGCAACAGACGCUGCACUGAACAGGUGUCAAAGUAGCUUCAAUGAUCCAAGCGUUCAAAGAAGUGCUGAAAAAGACGUUGUUCUGAUGACUGACAAGAGUGCAUCGAUCAGUGCUGCGACUUUAAGAUCCUUGUCGUACACACUAGGGGCCUCAGGAUUAAGAAUCAUUCCCGUCGGUAUUGGAAAUAACAUCGACAGAAAUCAGUUACUAGCCAUGAGCAGCAAUAGUGAAGAUGUUAUCCAUGUAACUGAGGUAGAGACAGCAAAUGCCCUGGAAUUGAAAGUCAUGCACAACGUAUAUCGAC